ACAUCUCAAAGACGUCAAAAACAAAUCGCGAAUUUUCAUUUUUGAUGUGCUCAUCUGAGUUGAUGCAAAAUCGCAAAAAUAAGCCAGAAAAAGUGGACUUUUGAGUGUGAUUUGAUCUUACGGGAAGAAAAUCAUAUAGUGCAACCAAAUACACAAGUAUAGUGUAAAACGGAUGCUAAUCAGCUGAUUAAAUCAUUGCUUUGGUUUCUCGCCCAGCGCCAGUAGCAGAUGCAUUGUGAAAAGUGUUGUAAACAGACCAUAGUUCAGUGUGCCCCUGACGAAACAGAUUUUUGUCAGAUUCUCUUUUCCCCGACCUUGCUUGUGGUUGUGGGGUAAUCGUUUUAUAAUUUUAUGUUUUAAUUUUAUGCGCAUUAAAACAAAGAAAAUAGUUUCCAAAAUCUCGGCGCAAAGCACACCGAGACGAUAGUUUUCCUUUCUGAUACCGUCGGUCAGUGUAUAUGAAAGAGUUCACAGCUCGUGAGCUUUGUUGAGGUCACCGUGAAAUCAGGAAGGGUGGUCUACUGGAGAAGUUAACGAAGUAAAGAUUCGUCGGUGAUCAACAGGGCGAAGUUGAAUACACAUCGAAAGCCAGUCGGGAUGACGAAUAUGAGGCCUCCUAGCAAAAAUAUACUGCUGAAAGUGGUAAUAUUAGGUGACGGUGGAGUUGGAAAAAGCUGCCUGAUGAAUCGUUUUGUGUCGAACUUUUUCGAUGCCAACAGCUUUCAUACAAUCGGAGUUGAAUUCUUGAACAAAGAUAUCCAAGUGGAGAAUGAGCGAUAUACACUGCAGAUAUGGGACACUGCUGGUCAGGAGCGGUUCAAAGCACUCCGCACUCCGUUCUAUCGCGGCUCGGACAUUUGUCUGCUGGCAUACGCCAUUGACGAUAAAGCUAGCUUCCGUGCUUUGAUACAGUGGCGCGAAGAGUUCCUAAAAUACUACGAUGUUAAAGCCGAUCGGUUCCCGUUCAUCGUGGUCGGCACAAAAAACGAUAUUCCCGCAGCUCAGCGACAAGUGAUGUCCGAAGAGGUAUCCGAAUGGUGCCAGGAGCACCAUGUGGCCGCAUUUAUCGAGACGUCGGCCAAGACUUCGGCCAACGUGUACGAAGCAUUCGCGCUUGCAGUGAAGCAAUGGCAACGGUUGGAGAAAUCGACGGAGCGGGAACUGCGUGCUCAGGGACAAGACAUCAUCGAUCUGACACAAGGUGUUAAUUUGAGUGCUAAUACAAGUCGGUUUUGCUGCAUUGGAAGCAAUAAUAACGGCCCUGCGUACCAAGACGAUGACGACUAUCCCAAUUAAUAGUGAUUAUUUGGGGCAUUCUGGCUGCUAGAAGGUGGAACACGAGCGGGACUUUCAGAGUGUGCUUGUCGAUUUACAGACGAAUCGAGACGGAAAUGUGAUAAGUGAACGAAACACAAAGAAGGCAUCCUGAUCAGAUGCGGCGCAGUUAGGUUAGACCACGAUGCGAAUUGGUAAGAUAUAUAUACUCCCAUAUUUUUAUAUCGACAAAACUUUACAUCCCACGACGCAUGGAGCUUAGGAACCUAAUAAUGGGUUUAAUUUUAUUUGCCGAACAUCAAAACUCAAUAGAUACGAAAAACAUG